AUGACAUCACUUGAUAGAGUGGCUGAUGUAGCCUCGACAAUCACGAAACAGGAAUUGGAAAAUGAUGAAGAAUUUGCAAGACCCUUAGACCGGAGAAUUGAUGAAUAUGCCUAUUGGGAACAACAAAUUGAUGCUGUACUAUACUUAUUAUGCGCAAAACGGAUGAUGAAUGUUCAUAUGUUACGAAAAGGUAUAGAAUCAAUCGAUAAACCAGUCUAUAAUAAAUUAAGCUAUUAUGAACGAUGGGCAAUUUCUCUUGCUAAAUAUUGUUUGGAAGCUGGUAUAUUAACUCAAGAAGAUUUGAAUAAGAAAUAUGGUCCACCUUUGCAUUCAACUGAUAAACAAUUAUUUCAGGUUGGUGAUAAAGUACGUGUUCAUCAUGAAAAUUAUGCUACUCGUUGGAUUAAACCUCAUUUACGCACUCCUGGUUAUUUGUAUGGCAAAAUUGGUAUUAUUGAAAGAUGUUGUGGAUUACAACCUAAUCCUGAAUAUUUCGCUUAUGAUAAUACUGAUAGUAUUACUCAUCAUCAACCUCUUUAUCGAGUAAGAUUUGAUCAAAAAGAUGUUUGGGAUCAUUAUGAUGGUGCUGAUGAUGAUACUAUUGAUGUCGAAAUUUUUCAACAUUGGCUAAUGCCUGCAUCUCAACCUUAUUCAUCAACAGAAAAAAACGAAGAUGAAGGUGGGCUUAAACAUGAUUUUGAUCAUCAGCACAAAGAUCAUGACCACGAUCAUAUGCACGAGGCUAGAGCUGUUAUUGAACAAACAGCAGUAGAUCGUGAAGGAAGACCAUUACCUGCUCAACAUUUAGGAGAAUCAUUGGUGAGUGCAUUAAUUGGUAAAAACAUAUUCAGUCCUGAAGAAUUACGCAAACAAAUUGAAACAAAUCAGAUGGGUGGAGUAGAACAAAGAGGAGCAAAUAUUGUUGUUGAAGCCUGGUUAAAUCCUGAAUUUAAACAACGUUUAUUAAAAGAUGGCACAAGUACAAUUGCUGAAUUUUUAAAACUUGACAAAAUGCACGACAAUAUAGUGGUUGUAGAAAAUACCGAUAAAGUUCACAAUUUAGUAGUAUGUACUCUUUGUUCUUGCUAUCCUCGACAAUUACUUGGUAUUCCACCUGGAUGGUAUAAGUCAAGAUCGUAUCGUGUUCGUGCACCUAGAGAUCCUCGUUCGAUUUUAAAAGAAUUUGGAACUGUACUUCCUAAUGAUAUGAAAAUUCAAGUUCAUGAUAGUACUUCUGAUUUACGCUAUUUAGUAAUUCCUCGUCGUCCUGCUACUACUCAAAAUUGGUCUCGAGAACAAUUACUUUCAAUAGUUACUCGUGAUAGUAUGAUUGGUGUUAGUGAUAUUACUGCUUAA